UUUUUUAUGUAUUUAAUUAAUUUUUAUUUUAGACUAAGCAAUAUAAUAUUAAUUUAUGUAGAAAGGCUUAUGUUUUUGCAAAUGAUAAGUGGACAUCACACCUUGACCUUAAUUGAGCAAUAGGGCUUGGUGCACUAACACUAACCAUCAGUUAAAAUAUAUCAACUGAAUCCACUGUCAAUGUUGUUCUUGUUUUAAUAAGACAUCAUCAAUGACAUUUUUGCAGUAAAUGUUUGGUGGUUUUAAAAAGUUUGGGUAAAAUGAAAACAUUCAUACUUUUGUUGAGUGCUAUUAAUGCUGUUGCUUGUUACAAAACUGUUGUUCUUAUUCAUGGUGUCCUUAGUGAUGCAUCCCAUAUGAUUGAUAUGAAAGGUAUAAUUGAGAAGCACCAUCCUGGAACAAAUAUAAUUUUGUUAAAACUAUAUCCUGAAAUUGAAAGCUUUGUUCCUCUUCCAAGACAAUUGCGAUUUUGGAGUGAAAAACUAAAACCAAUCAUGCUGAACAAUCCUGAUGGAAUUCAUCUAAUUUGCCAUUCACAAGGGGGUCUCAUAUGCCUUGGUAUUAUUGAGCAAUUUAAAGAUCAUAAUGUGCAUACAUUAAUUACUCUUAGUUCUCCGCUCUCUGGACAAUUUGGAGUACCGGCUGAAAUGGUACAAUUUAUACCCUGGCUAAAUGGUACACGUGAGGCUUUAUCUAAAUAUAUGUAUACAGUAAUUGCACAAGAUACUUUUGCUAUUAGUAAUUAUUGGAAAGAUCCUAGAGAAGAAUAUUUACACUUUUAUGAAUCAUAUGCAAGCUAUCUUCCUCUUAUUGAAAACAAUCCUCGCUGUAAGAAAGUUAUUCAUGAAGAAGCCAUUGAACGAAAAAAAAAUUUUUUGAAACUAGAAAAUCUUGUCUUAAUUGGUGGACCUCAAGAUGAAGUUAUCAAACCCUGGCAAUCUAGUUUGUUUGGUUUUUUUGAUAGCGAUCUAAAGGUGGUUGACAUGGCAAAUCAAACUAUGUUUAUUGAAGAUUGGUUUGGUCUUCGUACAUUGUAUGAAAGAGGCAAAGUUUAUUUAUUUACCAUACCAAACGUACGUCAUGAGGAAUGGCAUGGUGACGAGAAUGUUUUCGAAAUUGCAAUGAAAAAGUUUUUAGUUUAAGUACAACAUUCCGGAAAAAAAAAAUUUUAUUUCUUGUAUUUAGUUAUCAAUUUUUAUAUAAAUAGUUGUUUUUUUUCUUUCAUUAUAUAAUUUUUCUU